AUGAUGAACAUUUACUCCAAAUUCCAUUUACAAUGGGUCAAGAUUUUUCUUAACUACAAAAGCCUUAUUGAUGGAGGGGCGCUCUCAAGACAUAAUAUAUAGAUAACAAAUAUUGCUUGGAGUUGUUUGAGAAUAAGCUCCAGAAAUUUUCAUCGCAGAAAUACUAAAAAAAUGGAUCUUAGGAGUAAUAAGUUUUACCAGCUCUUUGAUCACCUAAUAAAUAAGUGAUGCAAACCUAGAGUAACAAAAAUAGAAGGGAAAUUUUAUAGAGCUCCAAAUAUUAACAAGUUUUAGUUAGGAAAGCGCCUCCUAAAUAUAAAUUAGGGGAUUAAAACAGUGAUAAAAGCAAUUAUACAAUUUUAAGAGCAUGAAAAGGGCCAAACAUAUCCCCGCUAUUAAUAUGAACUGCCCUCAUUUUAUAAAAAAUUAAUAAAUUCAGUCUGUUUCUCUCCUGAUGGAAAUACAUUAGCUUCUGGUAGUGAUGAUAAGUCUAUCCGUCUAUGGGAUGUCAAAACAGGAUAAUAAAAAGCCAAAUUAGAUGGUCAUAGUGAUGAAGUUAUGUCAGUCUGUUUCUCUCCUGAUGGAAAUACAUUAGCUUCUGGUAGUUAUCAAGAAAUUCGUCUAUGGGAUGUCAAAACAGGAUAAUAAAAAGCCAAAUUAGAUGGUCAUACUAGUUAUGUCUAGUCAGUCUGUUUCUCUCCUGAUGGAAAUACAUUAGCUUCUGGUAGUGAUGAUAAGUCUAUCCGUCUAUGGGAUGUCAAAACAGGAUAAUAAAAAGCCAAAUUAGAUGGUCAUACUCAUAAUGUCUACUCAGUCUGUUUCUCUCCUGAUGGAAAUACAUUAGCUUCUGGUAGUGAUGAUAAGUCUAUCCGUCUAUGGGAUGUCAAAACAGGAUAAUAAAAAGCCAAAUUAGAUGGUCAUACUCAUAAUGUCUACUCAGUCUGUUUCUCUCCUGAUGGAAAUACAUUAGCUUCUGGUAGUGAUGAUAAGUCUAUCCGUCUAUGGGAUGUCAAAACAGGAUAAUAAAAAGCCAAAUUAGAUGGUCAUACUCAUAAUGUCUACUCAGUCUGUUUCUCUCCUGAUGGAAAUACAUUAGCUUCUGGUAGUGAUGAUAAGUCUAUCCGUCUAUGGGAUGUCAAAACAGGAUAAUAAAAAGCCAAAUUAGAUGGUCAUACUCAUAAUGUCUACUCAGUCUGUUUCUCUCCUGAUGGAAAUACAUUAGCUUCUGGUAGUGAUGAUAAGUCUAUCCGUCUAUGGGAUGUCAAAACAGGAUAAUAAAAAGCCAAAUUAGAUGGUCAUACUCAUAAUGUCUACUCAGUCUGUUUCUCUCCUGAUGGAAAUACAUUAGCUUCUGGUAGUGAUGAUAAGUCUAUCCGUCUAUGGGAUGUCAAAACAGGAUAAUAAAAAGCCAAAUUAGAUGGUCAUACUCAUAAUGUCUACUCAGUCUGUUUCUCUCCUGAUGGAAAUACAUUAGCUUCUGGUAGUUAUCAAGAAAUUCGUCUAUGGGAUGUCAAAACAGGAUAAUAAAAAGCCAAAUUAGAUGGUCAUACUAGUUAUGUCUAGUCAGUCUGUUUCUCUCCUGAUGGAAAUACAUUAGCUUCUGGUAGUGUAUGAUAACUCUAUCCGUCUAUGGGAUGUCAAAACAGGAUAAUAAAAAGCUAUAUCAGAUGGUCAUAGUGAUUCUAUUAGACCUGUCUGUUUCUCUCUUGAUGGAAGUACGUUAGCUUUUUCUAAUCAUGAUAACUCCAUCAGUUUAUGGGAUGUUAAAACAGUAUUAAUGAUAUUAGAUUAGUCCGCUUCUCUCUUGAUGGAAAUACAUUAGCUUCUAAAAGUGGAGAUGGCUCUAUCCGUUUAUGGGCUGUCUAAACAGGAUAAGAAAUUAAAGACUUAAAUAAUCGAUAUAACGAAAUAUUGGAAAAUUGCACGAUUUAGUUGUUAUAAAACAACCCUUUUACAGGUAUUUAGUAUUUAUAUUUUUUAGUUAACACUAUUAUUCCUAUUCUCUGUAUAUCCUAAACACCAAUCUUUUAAGCUAAAGAAGCUCUUGUCCUAAAUGGAGAGUUUAUUAAUUAGUAAGGCUACGAUUUAAGAUCGUUAUUAAAAUCAAGAGGAUGUUUCUCUCCUGAUGGAAAUACAUUAGCUUCUGGUAGUGUAGAUAAGUCUAUCCGUCUAUGGGAUGUCAAAACAGGAUAAUAAAAAGCCAAAUUAGAUGGUCAUAGUGAUGAAGUUAUGUCAGUCUGUUUCUCUCCUGAUGGAAAUACAUUAGCUUCUGAUAGUGUAGAUAAGUCUAUCCGUCUAUGGGAUGUAAAGACAGGUUAAGAAAUUAAAUCCUCUGAUAAAAACUACAAAGAUAUUCUUGCAUAAUUAAAAAUUCCACUUUAGAAUAGUUCAUUAUUAGCAAAUGGUAUUUGUUAUUUAUUAUUAUUUAGUUAAUCCUGAUCGUACAAUACUUAGAAUUUGUUAGAAUCCUUUAUUAGAAGCAAGAGGUACACUUUUAUUGUAAGGAGAAUUUAUAAAUCAUUAAAGAAAAGAUUUAAAACCUUUAUUCAAAUCAAAAGGAAGUUGCUUUUUGGAAGACCUUAAGUAAAAGUGA